AUGUCUCUGUUAUAUCGACGUUGGACACAAAUUUCAAGGCUUUCGCCUCACAUUUUUUCAGGAAAACAGUUGCAACAAUCUAGAGGAGGAUUUAUAAAUUUAUCGCUUUCCUCUUCAAUCCCUCUGCCUCACUCUUUUGAUAGCAACCCCAGUACUUUACGAACAAGAAGGUUUUCAACAACAUCAAAAGUAUCAAAUGAGUGUUUUGCUCUCCAACUGCAUGAUUUACUUCCCUUCAUUCAAUCUAGUCUCGAUAAGCUUCAAGGUUUUAUGGGGAAUGGGCUGCACUGCAUUUUCUUCAAAGAUUUCAAGAAUCCUGUUAUUUACCAUGAGAAGGAUCUGGAUCUUGGAAACUUUAACAAAGCUAUUGAGGAGUUAAAUGUGCAAGAAAAUGUGAAAUUUGACGAGGGGAAUUCUGGGCCCAACUUGAAAACCACCUGGGCGAAACAAGCAGAAGUCAUCAAAGAACCUCAUUUGUGCUCUUCUCUUCAGAACCUACUUCUCUGUUUCCCAGGAUGUGUUUCUGCAGAUGAAAGUGGCAACCGCCUGUUCCUUUCUGAUAGCAAUCAUCAUCGCAUUAUUGUAUUUGAUGGCAGCGGAAAGAUUCUGGACUCUAUUGGUUCUUGCCCAGGAUUUGAGGAUGGAGAGUUUGAGUCUGCUAAGCUAGCACGUCCUGCAGCUUCCUUUUAUGACAAUGCGGAGGAUUGCCUGUAUAUUGUAGAUUCAGAGAACCAUGCCAUCAGGAGAGCUGAUCUGGAGAGGCGGGUUUUAGAGACACUUUACCCAACUUGUAGCUUCAGUAAGAAAAAUAAUAGUGUUUGGACCUGGAUUAUGGAUAAGCUGGGUUUUAGAAAUACUGUUGACGUGAGAUCUGUAGAAUUUGAUUCACGGCCUCUGGUGUUCCCUUGGCAUCUGUUGAAGUCAGUGGAUGGUAGUUUCUUAAUCAUCAGCCAUAGCUUUGAAAAUCUGUGGGUGAUGGAUUUAGUGUCAGGAGAGAUAAAAGAAUGCAUCAAAGGAUUUCCCAACAUUUUGAAGACUUUUGGACAGUUGAUAAUGGAAAAACUUUCCUUUUUGAAAGAGAUACCAAUCGAUUACUUGAAACAGCAGAGUGAUGUCAAUUGUCCACUAAAGGAAUUUCAACAUGCCACUCUCAUAUCAGCCCUAACAACCUUUGAGAAUCACAUAGUCAUGUGUGACACAGUUGCACAUAGGGUGCUUAAAAUAAGUAGAGAAUCUGGUGCCUGUUCAAACUUCCAGUUUUCAAAUUUUGGGACCCUUGGAUUACCUUACUGGUUGUCCUUUCCUGUGGAGAGAGUUUAUUCUGUGUGA